UGAAUGGGUUUUGUAGGGCUUCCAAUCAGCCGAAGCUGCCUUCCUCACACAGAGAGAGAGAGAGAGAGAUGGACUCGUUUUCAUCACCCUCCAGCGGUUCCUCGUCUUCCCAAUUCUCAACUGAAGAUUUCAUGGACCAACUCAAGACCCAGCUCGCUCAAGCUUACGCCGAGGAGUUCCUUGAGACUGUUCGCGGAAAGUGCUUUGAAAAAUGCAUCACUAAGCCAGGAUCAAGUUUGAGUGGAAGCGAAAGUAGUUGCAUUUCUAGGUGCGUGGAACGCUAUAUUGAGGCCACUGGUAUCAUUAGCAGAGCUAUGUUUAAUGCCCCUCGUUGAGAUUUUGCUACAGAUUUUAUUCUUGAAGAAUGUUGAGGCUGCUAUAUCACCAUGCCAUAUGGUGCAGGAAUUGUCUGAUAUUGGAUUUCCGUUUUACCGGAAAAUUUCUCGUUUAGAUGAAUUAGAUUCUUACAUUUUAAUUCUCACCCAUGAGCGAAGCACAGUCUGUACUGUCAUCUAUUAUUUGUGAAAUCAUAAUUUUGAAGCUUAA